AUGGCACUAACACGGAAGGACAAGAUAAUUGCCCUUCUACCACCUGCAUCUUCUGAUCUGAGUGACACAAGUGAAGAUGAAGAAUUUCCUGGAAAGCUGUUUGAUAUGAUAAGGGACUCAAAUAGUGAGUCUUCCGAGGCUCCAUCGAUUCCUGAUGAAGCAGUUGCAGUAAUGGAGGAUAUAAUGAAGGAUUUGUCAAACACCAAUGACGCUUCUCCAGAUGAAGCAACCCCAGUUGUUCAGAAUACACCAGAAAAAGUAAGUCUCUGUGCAUUUUCGACUCCAAGAACUUCAUUUGCGAUUACACCACUAAAAACCAGAUCACAUUCUAAAACGGGCAAAAAAAGAAAAAAUGUGAGUCAUGCUGUUAGAGACAAGCUGAUAAAAGACGAAGUCAGUAGGAAAAGGAGUAAGGUGAAAAAGAAAAAACUUGAAUGUAGCUGGACAAAUGAACAGUUUGCUUUUUCAGUAGAUAUUCCAGAAGACAAUUUUACCACGCCUGAUAGAGUGAAAACGCCAUACGAAUACUUUCAGAUGUUCUUCUCAGAUGAUUUAUUACAAAUGCUCGUUGACAACACUAAUUUAUACUCAGUUCAACAAACCGGCAAAUCAAUAUGUGUCACACUCGAGGAAAUGAAAGAUUUUUGGCUAUUCAAAUCCUGA